AUGGUGCAAGGAAAGGUCAAAGGUUCACUCCUUCAGCAAACAAGACGUACCACUCCUCUACAUGUAGCCGCCGAAAAGGGUUACGACCGACUUGUUAAGAGGCUUCUGCUGGAUUUUAUUCCUACCAAAAACAAGAAGGGCGAAACAGCCCUUGAUUUGGCUAUAUCCAAUGGACACGAGUCCGUAGCACGCGUUCUUGUCGAGUCGGAUUACUGGGAAGAGGUAAUGGCCCCUUCGGAUACAAAGAAGAUGUCUUGCCACAACGAGGCAAGGAUUACACCGAUGAGAAAACUAAUUGACAAAUUUCCAAAGGUCGCAAAACUUGUCUUCGAAAAAUGCAUAGAAACGAAGGAAGAGUCCACGCCACCACUGAAAUGUAAAUACUACGAUUUAACGUACCUCGACGAUACAUACAUGAUGCCUUCAGAAGAUGGAACUGAGCUUACUGCUGGGAUUGAUCCGUACGAUGAAAAUGGAAGAUUGAAAAAGGAGGCGAAAGCUUACUCGGAUGACUACGAUGUUGUCUACAAGUACCACCCCUUAAAGAUGAUAGCAAAUGCGGUAAAUUUGAAGCAUGCAAAUGCGGAAAAAUUGAAACUCCUUUCUGAACCACUAGUGAUUGCGCUUAUUAAUCACAAAUGGAAUAGUCUUGGAAGAUACGUCUACUAUUCAGCUUUGAUGAUUUAUAUUGCUUUUAUGGUUCUUUUCACUCUCUUCGUCAUUUACACUCCUGCCCCAUUCAAUGUUUACGACGCAGAUAAGAACAAAAUGGUUGAUCUGAGCGCAUAUCUCUAUGCGAAAAAUUCUACAUGCGAGGAAGUUCCCGAAUUCUCAACCGUACCUUCGGCUGUGCUAAAGACUGCCGUUAUGAUGAUUGGAGAGCUGGAAUUUACCGCAAUCUUUCAUGGCGAUAUGCAUGUGCAUCCGCAAAGACUAUUUGAUCCUGAAAUUGCUUAUCCUCUAUUCCUCUUCUUCUGUGUCAUUAUGACUAUUCUUUUGAUGAACUUGCUGGUCGGUUUGGCUGUAGACGACAUUAAGGGUGUGCAAGACAAAGCCGAAUUGAAACGAUUGAGUAUGCAGGUGGAUCUUGUGUUACAAGUGGAAGCAUCGAUGCCGUAUUUUCGCAAGCUGACAACGCGCUCUUACUAUUCUACCAAAUUAGGUCUUGUUCCAAGCCGUUGGAAAAAUUUGUGCACUCGAUUUGGUUUCAGCUCCACAGAAGAGAAAGAGGAGGGCACAUUAGACAAUUACGGUUUCCACGAUGUUCGGCUAUCAUUAGAUUCAAUAAACCGCCAGCUUCUUUCUCUUCAGGAAGACAUUGUUAAGUUUCAUGACCGUCUUUUCCGAACCGAAGCAAUGGUCCGCAAAGUACUUGAACAUAACAAAAUAGAGUAUGAGGAAGACGACUGGGAGAAGCCCUCCCAGUCGACUGAUGACUGA